AUGCAGUCGAAAGAUUGCGUCUUUCCUAUAAGCCAACACAGCAACAGCAAGACAAGCAACGAACAAUUUCGACCUAUUCCUGUGCAUAACUUUUCCAAACCGAUAGUGCCUUUAUUUCGUCCACCAGCAUUGACCAAUAUGCCCAUUUGGAGUGUGUUGAUAAAAACGGCGAUUGUUACGAUUGGAAUCAUUUGCACGGUUAUAAGAUUAAACAGCAUGUACAAUUCAUCCUCUAAUGCGAAUGAAAGCAACCGCGCACUGUGCGAAGUGUGCAAAAUACCACAGAUGGAUGGAGAUGCAACAACUUGGACACAGCUUAACUGUGGCCAUUGUUACCACAAGAACUGUUUGAGCAUGAUUGCUUUCGCAGGUUGUUUUAGCUGUGAACUGAGAGAAACGGAAAAGCAGGUUAAAACCAAUUGA